AUGAACCCAAUCAUGGUCGACGCUAGCGAUCCAAGCAGCAGUCGUGUCGGCGCCAGCAUGGACAGGCGCAUUGCGUCCGAGGACGCGGGCAGCAUCUCUGGACACGUUGAUGUCGUCGCCAUUGCUGCGGAGAUAGACGACUCGCACAUCUCGGUGCGCUUCAGGCAUGGGGUGCAUAUCAUUUACCUCUUUGUCGAGUCGCAGGCUCCCUUUUCAGACAUCAGCAGCGAACUCGCUGCUAUCUUGCGCGACCGUUAUCCUGGUGGGCUCACAACCAGUCUCGAGCCGCCCACGACAACGGAGAUCCCCGCACAACCCAAAUUUGUCUACGGCGUUUUAAAUAGGCACAACGAUCCUGCCCGUGGCUGGAAACGGCUCAAUGUAGGUUCGGAUGAAGAUUUUACGCCAACCAAGUGCGGUCUUAAACACAACAGUCUGGUGGCUUUCAUGCUGCAGGAUGGCACCGACGAUCCGGAUGACGUCGUUUUCCGGGUGGAGUGGCCGAGUGAGGACGAGGAACUGUAUGAACAGGAGCCGUAG